AUGUCGGACAAGAUGGCGGCGGCCGCGGCCUCCCCGCUCCCGGGCCCGGCGCUGCCGCCGGCCGCGGCGGAGGGCGGGGGCCCGCGCGGGGGGGAGGGCGAGGCGGAGGCAGAGGAGUUCGGGUGCCCGGCGCACUGCUCCGACCUGGCUUGGCGGCAGAACGAGCAGCGCCGACACGGCCUCUACUGCGACAUCACGCUGGCUUUCGGCGGCGGGCAGCCCGGGGCGGCCCGCGAGUACCGGGCGCACCGCUCCGUCCUGGCCGCCUCCACCGAGUACUUCACGCCGCUGCUCUCGGGGGGCUUCGCGGAGUCGCGCUCGGGCCGCGUGGAGCUGCAGAAAUGGAGCUCGGAGGGCGGCCCCGACCCCGAGACGGUGGAGGCCGUCAUCGGGUUCAUGUACACGGGCAGCAUCCGCGUCAGCGCCGGGAACGUGCACGAGGUGCUGGAGAUGGCGGACAGGUUUCUGCUAACCCGGUUAAAAGAGUUCUGUGGAGAGUUUCUGAAGAAGAAGCUCAACCUCUCCAACUGCGUUGCGGUUCACAGCUUGGCCCACAUGUAUUCCUUGAACCAGCUGGCCCUCAAAGCUCAGGACAUGAUCAGGAGAAACUUCCACAAAGUUAUCCAAGAUGAGGAGUUCUACACUUUGCCCUUUCAUCUCAUCAGAGACUGGCUCUCAGACUCAGAGAUCACAGUGGACUCUGAAGAAAUCCUCUUUGAGACUGUUUUGAAGUGGGUUCAGAAAAACCCUGAGGAAAGAGAGAGGUACUUUGAAGAUCUCUUUAAACUGCUCAGAUUGUCUCAGAUGAAACCCACUUACCUUACUCGCCACGUCAAAUCUGAAAGGCUGGUGUCGAGCAACGAAGCCUGUGUAAAGUUAGUGUCUGAAGCUGUGGAGAGUCACGCUCUGCGGUCUGAGAACUUGCAGUCUGGCAAUCUGCAACAUUCCACUUGUCCUGUCGCCUUGUUGCCACGUUUUGGACAGAACAUGGACGUGAUUAUGGUGAUUGGUGGUGUGUCAGAGGGAGGAGAUUACUUGAGCGAGUGUGUAGGGUAUUUCAUCGAUGAAGACAGGUGGGUAAACUUGCCACACAUUCACAACCACCUGGAUGGACAUGCUGUUGCUGUGACAGAAUCUUACGUUUACGUGGCUGGCUCCAUGGAACCAGGGUUUGCCAAGACUGUAGAAAGGUACAAUCCAAACAGAAAUAUUUGGGAACAAGUCUCAAAUCUAACAACCAGAAAGCACUCUUUUGGCCUUACUGAAGUUAAAGGAAACUUGUACAGUAUUGGUGGACAUGGCAACUUCAGUCCUGGCUUUAAAGAUGUGGCCAUUUAUAAUCCUGAGCAAGACAAAUGGCUUAACCUGGAGUCAGCACCAAAGAUCCUUCGAGAUGUCAAAGCUGUUUCUGUAGAAGACCGGUUUGUUUAUGUUGCUGCUCGCACCCCAGUCGACAGCGAUAGCGAAGAUGGGUUGAGGGCAGUUAUUACCAGAUAUGAUGCUGAAACCAGGCAGUGGCAGGAUGUGGAGUCUUUGCCCCUCAUUGAUAAUUAUUGCUCUUUUCAGAUGUCUGUUGCUAACACAAACUUCUACCACACAGCAUCGUGCUGCCCCAAGAGUUACCCUAUAGAUAACGAGGAAGCCAAGAUAAAGAUCUCUGGCAGGGCCUCGGAUGAAAUACUGGAAAGCUUACCCCCAGAGGUUCUUAGCAUUGAAGGAGCAGCUAUUUGUUAUUAUAAAGAUGAUGUUUUUAUCAUUGGGGGGUGGAAAAACAGCGAUGACAUUGACAAGCAGUACAGAAAGGAGGCCUAUCGCUACUGCGCCGAGAGGAAGCGCUGGAUGCUCCUGCCUCCCAUGCCUCAGCCACGCUGCAGAGCAACAGCCUGCCACGUGAGGAUUCCCUUCAGGUGCCUGCAGGGAACCCAGAGAUACCCUAUGCCACAAAAUUUGAUGUGGCAAAAAGAUAGAAUAAGGCAGAUGCAGGAAAGGCAGAUGCAGGAAAUACACCGGCACUCCCUAAGCUUGCGGCGGAUGCCCCGCUCGCAGAUCGAGUGCUAGUCCCUGCAGUGUCACCCCCGGUGAAUCUGGGAAAUACUGUGCUAAAGCAUCGUGUUACGUUUGAUGUGUCUGUGUAAGACAUGAGGGUGUUGAUUGGAUUUGGUGCAGAACAACAGCAUCUUUAUGUAUGGAAAAUUAAGAAGCUCAGAAAUUGAGGAUGGAUGGAAGUUGAGAGCUUGUGUGAAUCCAACAGUAUUACUUAGUGGUGUCCAGGAUAAAACUGAGGCCUGUACUGGGCUGUGAAAUAUCUCUGGGAUCAUUAAGUCUGUUAUUUCACUCUUCAGGUCUUUGUUGUCAAGGAUUUCUGUAGAGUUAGUCUCUAACAGUUCUAUUUUGAAAAUCAAAUAUCUCUAUCUUAAUAAUUUAGUGGUUACAUUUGUGUGUGCUUCAAAGCACCUGUUUUAUUUGCACUUACAUAUUGACAUUCCUUUGAUUCUCUCCUUCUCAGUGACUAAACUUCACAAACAAUUGGUGUUAGUGUACUUAGCAUUCCCAAGUUGGAGGCAAGUGCAAUAGUUAUACCUAUAUAUGAGAACAAAAGCACAAUCUUUAUAACUUCAGGAUGUUUCUAUGUAUAUUAAAUAUUUUGUACCUGUACGUUGUUGAGAGGCUGCAGAGUUUGUUUAUGAAUGGAUGAUUGGUAGAACAUGAGACACUUGCUAAAGCAGAGAACUUGAGGCAGUAGAUUUUUUUUUUUCAGGUGUAUCUGAAGGUGCUUGAGUUUGUCCUUGACAGCUUCAUUAGAGACUUGAGUCAACAAUCAGCCUGAUAAAAGGAGUGAAAACCACUGAGGUAUCAAUGCACCAAUAUUGCCUAUUCACUUUGAUCAGAGUGGAUCAGUAAGAAUGAGAUUAUUUCACAGUAAUAGGUUGAAACCUGAGCUACUUGGUGGAUCCUUUCUCAAAUGUUGCACAUGUUUUAAUUCAGUGGAAAAGUGAUCAGAAGAACACACAGGGCCUGUUUGCAGCCAGUCCUUGGCAGGAGCUGGCAGUGGCUGAGCUGCAGUGCUCCCGGAGAGACAGGCUGUUUCUGAAGUGGGAGCUUAGUUUUCGUGGUCUCUAAAUAUUUGUAUUCCCCACUUGCUGGGGCAAGAAGAUUUAAGCUGAUUUAAUGACCUUUUGGCGUUUUAACGCAGUUUUACACAAACCAGUGUCCCAGUUGGCUCUGGUUUGCUUACUGCUAUAUUCCCAAGGAACAGAAUGUGGAAUAUUUUCUUUAGAGUAUUGCUGCCUCUCAGAUACUGUCCUGCUGAACAUUCCUGCUCCCUCAUCUGAAGAGCUCCAGCAGAGUUUAGGUUACUGGCAGGCUCAGUGCAUUGUUCCUACCUCCUUCUCUUCCCUCUCCCUCCCUUCAUUUGAAUGUUCCAGGUGUUCACAUGCAAGCUGACUCAGGAUCAUAGGGAAGGGAAAGGGAGGAUAACCAGGGUGUUCCAAAAUCUGUGUAGACAAACGUUGGAGGAUCUGUUUACUGUCUUUGGUUCAUAUGAUGAUUUGCUGGUGGUUUUGAUGUGGCAACUUCUUUGCAAAAGAACUUCUAAACAGUUUGGUUUUUUGUUUUGUUUUUUAAUUGUUUAGCUUUCUGAGCUGAUACUUCCCAUUUUCCAAUUCAGCAGGCAACCUAGAUCAUAUCUGAGUCACUGGGUAAGUCUUUUCAACCACAUAGUGUGUGAAGGUUUCUCUGAUGUGUACACCUCCUAAUGCUCCACUUCGCAGUUCACUUGCCACUUUUGAUAUCAAUAGCCUGUCUUUUUGUAACAGAAUAAUCUGGCCUUGUUUUAAAAAAACCACAAACCUUGAAAAUCUUAACGGUUUAGUCUCAAUUAAUUCAUCUAUGGUAGCCCUGCUGUAUUUUCUUUGCCUGUUGGAUGGUUAUGCAGGGCAGAUCAAAUGGUACGAUACUGGCCCGGUGCAGGAGAGGAGAUGGGAACAGCUCAGGGUUAGGGCUGAUGUUCAGAAGUGGCUGUUGCUGUGUCAGCUCAUGGACUCCUGUGAGCAAGGGGUUAAUCAGUGGAGUGAUGAACUCCAUGAACUCUUGCUGAUCUGGCUGCAGUAGUUAAAUAAUUACUGCAUCUACAGCAGGGUGUUUGAACAAGUGUGAAAAUGCCUCACAUCUUUAGUACUAAAUCCAUUGAUUUAACUUAAAUCUCUGGGAGCCCAUUUUAAGAUACUUUACCAGAUUUUGCACAGAAGCAACUGAGAAGAGUUCACAUCCUCCAUCCCACUGAAUUUGCUGGAGGGAUUUUUGAGAAGCAGUUGAAGGAUGGCAGCCUGUCAGAUCACCACAGCUCUGUCAGUGCCCUCUUGCAGUCUGUCAGCACACCUGGACAAUUCAAAGGGAGAAAAACUGAGGUCAUUAUUUCAGUUGGAAUAUGAACUAAAUACUGUUACAUGUGGCAGCAGGCAACAAAGUGAGAUGCAAGAACAAACUUCUUGUAGUCUUUCUUUUUCUAAGCAAAAUUGAUGUUGCACUUGCCAUGAGAACUUGUGGCUGACACACAAACUGUGUACUUCUUAACUGUGUAAGUUACUAAACUGUGUAAGUUACUAAACUGUGUAAGUUACUAAAGACAUUCCACUCCUGUCCGUGUUGGGACAGCUUUGCUGGCGGGUGCCAGCCCUGGGCUGUGUGUGACACUGCAUCUCUGUGCCCCUCUGCAUGUGAGUGAUGGCCACUGCCAACAGCACUGCUCUGACUUCUGCUGUGUCAGUUCUGUGGAAUUUUUAAGUGGUUGGUUUUGGGUUUUUGUUGUGGGUUUUUGUUUGUUUUUUUGGCCUGGACUUCAAGUGGACGAAUUGCACAUGGUUUUUAACUGACAAUUCUGUUGUAUCACACAUAGGUGUUCAGAAGAAUUGCAUUAUUGACUGGCUGUAUUGUAGCCCACUAACCUGUGAAUCACAUAACAAAUUCCUUGUGGCCUGUGACUGCUGUGGCUUGCUGGGUGUUUAUAAACAAAAGCCUGGGAAUUCCUUCAGUGUGUUUCUAGUGGCUAGCUAAAUGUCAGUAAGAUCCUGGUGUGUGUUCAGUUCAGUAUUAGAAGGCUGACUUGGGGCCUUCCUAAAAGAACAUCAGGUGGAGCUUUUCCUCCUCCUUCUGACAAUCAUUCCUCUGUGCUCGUUCUGGAUACAUGCCCCACAGAGCAUGUUCCAUGGCCUUUCUGCUCAAAGUACUAAUGCAGCAGGACACAUCCUGCCGAGCACUCAGCUCUCAUUGUAGUGAUUGUAGUGCCAUAUGUGUACAGGAUAUUUUAUAACUACCUGAAUACUCUGUUCAUAUGCUGGGUUUGUAUGCAUUUUUAAUAAGACUUCUCUUGCACGUAGCAGGAUCCCACUCCAGAAAUGAAGAACACAUGCCAGCUUUUUAGCAUGCACUAUGAAUAACUAUGCCAACCAUUCUGCCAUAUUGCUUCACUAUAUCCUUUCUCCACUACAGUAAAUGUUAAAAUCAGAACUGUUGGCUUAACUUGUGUGUCACAAAAUGGACUGAUUGCUGCUGACAAACCAAGUCACAAAGAAUUGCAACUUUUUAGGUUAUUUUUAACACAACCUUGUAAUAGUGUGUUGUAGCAUUCAGUGGGCUUAAAAAAGCAAGCUGAAAAUAAGUGGUUUGUGGCUUAGAUUUCUUUUCAACUACAUCCACAAUCUGUGAGGGUGUAAGUCAUAUCUGUAACUCAACAGUCCUGUGUAGCAAUCUGAUAAAACAGGUACUCCUGAGGAUCUAAUCCUGUUACUAAUAUGAAUGUAAAGCGUGGAACUAACGAGAUAUUUGAAGACCAUUAAUAGUCAGAUACUCCUCCUAGGUCCAUGUCAGUGUGGAUCACGGCAGCUGUACUCUCCUGUCACUAUUAAUGUAGACUUCAGCAGAUUGUGUGGGAAGCAGCACUCCUGUACUUACUUCAGUAAGGUAAAGUUGUGUGUGUGUGUGUGUGUAGGCUGUUUGAAACAAAUCCUACUGUCAUGUUCUUCACCUAAAUACACUGUACUAAAGUGUAAUAAGUGAAUUAAUGAAAAUAAACCUUUUAUUUCUUUAGCA